AUGGCUUCCCUGCUGACCGAACAGAAUCAGAGGGUGGAGUUCGUUGCUAUGAUUGACACCUUUCCUUGGUUACCGCGCUCACGGACCAUAACCACCAGGUUAUUUUCCAUGAAGAAAGACGGAUGGUUGCCAUCGCGACAUGUUCAGGUUUGUCCAGUCAAAAUAAUUCAUAUUUAUUAUAUCACAUCGAAUUAUUGUCGUUGGAAUAAGUAAAAAUUUUGCAUCUUGAAUGAAAAUCUCUAAAUACAAAUUAGUAAUUUUGAGGAUCGUUGUCCCUUAGGUGUUGUUUACAUAUUUUAUUACGUAUACCUCAUCGGGUGACUAUUUUUAGGGUGAUUCUUCCAAUACCUUUUACUCGUGAGGAUGCUUCUUCAUGGAAUCAUAAUUUGAAAGCGUGGGUUUAAACUAGUGGAGAUCAUUGGAUCAGUGAUUUACAAACCCAAAAGGGGAGAAUUGGAGAAUUGUCUAGAUCGACUUGCUAACUGACCAUUCCAAUCAGUCGACAGCUGUUAUGUAGCUUUACAUUUGAUCCAGGACGAGUAUUUUAUUUCCAGUUGAAAAUUAACAGAAUUUUAUCUCGCUAUUCAGCUCCAAUUCGAAAGCUAUUUGGAAAAGUUUGCAGUAGACUCAUUAAAGAUGUCCGUUGACGAAUAUCGACAAAUAAGAGAGAUACACAGUCAAGACUGGAUGGUUGAUGAGUUACAGAAAAGAAGUCUUACUAAAGGUCUUACUACCUACGAUUUAUGGACUCUAAGAGACGCUCUUCUGAGGAAUCAAGCUAUUGCCAAUAGGACGCACCAAGAAUGGCAGCCUGCAGAGGUAAGGAACAACGAAUAUCCUUACAGUAAGUAAGCAGGUUCUCCAAAUUUCAUUUGCAUAACACAAGGAGUAUCAAGCCGUUGGACAUCAUAAAUUUAUUGGAAACAUGAUUAUGAUUGGAGAAUAACUUUAAGUGCAUUUUUGCAUGUCUUAUAUUUAAUAGGUUCGCUAUCGAGGUUCCCCUCACUUUCCUCAAAUGCCAAGAGAGGAGAUUUUUUCCCCGUAAUCCCACGUCACACGGCAUCGAGGAAGUCUGGAGCCAGUUGGUAGAUGGAGGUACCACAGUACUCGUUUGUCCUGGUGAUCAUUAUUCCUUAAGUGAGUUACCUCGAACCCAAGUAACAGGCGGUAUCCUAGCAACAGCCCUGGCCUUUACCUACCGCACGUUGUUCCCAGAAUUCCCUACACCUCUAAGAACGUUCAACCAAAGACGCGCUGUGGGGAAACUUUCCAGUGGUGUAGGCGUCUUCCUUCACUCAAAGAAAGGUGAUUUGAAAAACGCCUGUACUUUUAUUGAAGGAGCAUGGCUUCUUUUCUUCCUUUCAAAUAUAAUUAGUGUCCAAAGGCAUGCUGGAUUUUCGUUGGUUUCACUACUUCUCUAAAAAAUCAUUCUGAAAACUGUAGAGACUUUGUCACUCGCUUUUUCCUAUGCCUGAGGCUAAUUGCAUUGUUUACCUUGAGUUAUCACUGACUCCAUGAAAAAUUCCCCUCUUUUCAUUGCCAUUAUGACCUCUAUGGUCUAGGUUUUGAAGGCCUGAAAAUGUUGGAGAUCUGCCUCAAUGUAGCUUUUCAGAUGAUAGAUAGAGGUAUCCUGUCUGAAUCUAAUGCUUAACUACUUUCUGUUAUUUAGGAAACAAAAUGCCGCAUUACGGAGACCUAUUUUUUCAUGAAGAUUCCCACAAACUUGAGUUGAGAUCAAAAUCUGGCGAAGGAGAAGCGAUUCAAAACGAGAAAACUAAAAAGAUCAUCGAUUUGAAAGAUAACUAUACGUUUUUACCCUGCGCAACUUUAUCAAUCUUUUCGUCUUUUGUGAACAUUUUUUUCUUGGGACCAGUUCCCCAAGAUAGGAAACAUGCUUCUUAGUCAAAAAGGGAUCAAGCUAUGAACUCCAAUCUCUAAUACAGGUCUAAUCCCUCCAAAGUUAAGCUUAGGAUCUGGACGUAUGAGUCUCCCGGGAAGAAUUCAAUUGUCUCAAUGAAUAUGAUCAAUUUAAGUCAUCCUGGGAUAGCUGAUUUGAAAAUGGAAUAAUUACCAUAGAAAUAAGUUCAUGUGGAAGUUAAAGUCCCUCAGCUUGAUCCUCUAUUUUCUGUUUUCCAAAUGCUCUCAAGUGAAGUAUCAGGUCAGGUUGUUAUUUUUGCUUCUAACAAGACACUUAACAGUCACCGACCCACUUGACCCUCAUUCUGUCCCCCUUCACCCAAACAAAGAGUACCUUUAUUCUCCAAGACAAACUUGAAAAAACUGCAGGGAAUGGUUGUGAUACCUCUGCUUUGAGGAUAUUCACGUAUGGAGUAUGCGUCUGUUUUGUAAAACAAACAUUUACUUUCACAACUCAAUUGCAAGCAUCUCUUGUAAGGCAGACAUAAAGAAUCAUGGGAUAUAUUCUUUUUUCUAUUCUUAAAUUCAUGAGCGCACCAAACAUCUCUUAAAAUGAAAAUCAAUGUUUCAGAGCUUAGCAUGGUGCAGCCAGGAAGGCUCGUCUGCAGUGCCCUGAAGUAUACCUGGCGAAAAAGAAGAGUUGGGGGUUAUGAAAGUGGAAACCUUGGGCACAUUGCUUCGAUUGCGACAAGUCGCCGCGUGUACAACUUGAAAUUUUGUGAUUACUCUGGUUUGAAAGCGUUUUAUAACAUGGUAGAGGCUGUGUUUGCUCUGAAGUUAUUGACCAUCUAG